UAUAUAAUCAUGAAAGAAAGUCGUCACCGCUUCACACAUUACUGGUUGUUUAAUCUUACAGAAGGCAGAUUUAAAAAGCAACGUCAUCAUUAAAAAUGGGUGAACAAGUUGAGCUUGUAAACAUUCUGCAGACUGAACCUUUUCAAAGUGGUGAUAAUUUUAAAGAUGAUGUAUGGAAUAUUAAACUUUCUGAAAUUCAUAAAGCGAGUAGGAAAAGAGAUAAUUUAAUUCUAGCCUUUAUAGUUGUGCAGUUAUUUUGUAUUUCAUUGGCAGUUGUAGUCAAUUUCGUGUAUUUGAAUGAUAAUAUAGAAAGAAGUGUAAGACUAGAAAAGCAGAUACAUCAAUGGACAAUUGAUACCUCAAAACUUACAAGUCUAGACAAACAAGGUCAAUUAUCAUAUGGCAGUGAUAUGGAAGAACUGUUUAAAGGUGAUAAGGGAGCUAGAGGCAAAGCGGGUGCUGAUGGUAAUCAAGGCAACGCUGGUGAAAAAGGAGAGAAAGGUGAAAGAGGCGACAAUGGACUUAUAGGACCAAUUGGCAGACAGGGCGUUAAAGGCGAAAAAGGAAACAAUGGUUUUGUAGGAUCAAAAGGUCAAAUUGGAGAUAAAGGAACAAUUGGUGAAAAGGGAUCAACAGGGAUAAAAGGUCGAAACGGAGAAAAAGGCAUAAAAGGCAAAAAUGGACCAAUGGGAGAUAGAGGCGUAACAGGCGAAAAAGGAUCAAUGGGAGAUAAAGGCGUAACAGGCGAAAAUGGACCAAAUGGAGAUAAAGGAACAGUUGGUGAAAAAGGACCAACAGGGAAGAAAGGACCAAUUGGAGAAAAAGGCGAAAAAGGAACAAUCGGAGAUAAAGGCCCAGAUGGUGCAAAAGGUCUAGACGCAGAAAAGGGUGUAGCUGGCGUUAAAGGUACAGAGGGUCAAAAGGGUUCAAAGGGCGAGAUGGGAUCAUCUGGCAUAAUUGGUCCUACCGGAAACAAAGGUGUAAAUGGUACAAAGGGAGUCACUGGUGUUAAAGGUCAAAUGGGGGAAACUGGAGUACCUGGCUUGAAAGGUGAACACGGCGAAAAGGGUAUCAAUGGAGACAUGGGUACUACAGGACAGAAAGGAGCAGGUGGGGAAAAGGGCGAAAAGGGAAGUGUUAGAGAACCAGCUAAGAAAGUGGCCUGUGGAUCUGGUUGGGGUCGGUUUAUGGGAAGUUGUUAUAACUUUCAAUUGAAUUCAAAAAAGACAUGGAAUGAAGCAAAAAUAGACUGUCAGAGGAAAGGAGGUUUCCUUGUAAAAAUUGAGGAUGCUGUUGAAAAUUGGUUUUUGAAAUCUUUUGUCAGUGGCGGAAGUGUUUGGAUUGGAGCACAUGAUUCAACGCGAGAAUCUCGUUUUAUUUGGGUCUCUGACAAUACACCGGUUACGUUUAGUGAUUGGAGUCCUAACCAGCCGGAUAAUUGGAGAAAUGGUGAAGACUGUGUUCAUUUUCAAAGCGGGUCAAAUAAAUGGAAUGACGCCAGAUGUUUGCACAAAAUGGGAUACAUUUGUGAAAAACAUUAAAUGCAAAAAUAAUGUGAUGCUAAAGAGAGAAAUUAGUUAAAUCUAUAGAAAGUUG